UGUGUAUGAGGAGAGGAGAGCAGGAGUCAGGUUACUUUUUUCAUUGUUGUUGGUACCAUAUAGGAUGUGAGUCAGAAAGGUGCAAUCAAAGAUUUGUAUUGUUUAAGACUGACUGGUGGAUCCAGAGGACAGGUGCCACCAAAAGAUCUCCUUAGGUCCUCCUGUAAAAACGGAUCUCUUCCAUGGAAAGCUGAGGGAAAACUCAGUGCUCUGACAGCUCUUAUUGUGCUGAUAUUUAACCCAGUUUGGUAACACGGAUCAAACAGAGGUAACUCCAGCUAUGAGCGCGUUAUUAGUACAGCAGUUGGAGCAUGCGCACAAAGGGUGGAGCCGAGUUUUUUUCCAGCCCGCAGGGAUCAAAUCUGAACUGAAAGAGCCGCAGGAGGAAACCUUAGGUGAGGUGUCCAGGAAAUACGGCAGCUUCACAACCGCCCCAAGAUGUGUUUUAGAACCUGAGUUUGCUUUCUGAUCACCUGCAGUGCCGUCAGGUUUAACCAGUAAGAACAACCAUAUUUUGAGUGCAGCCAUGAGGCGCACCGCACUGACACUCCCUCGCGUCCAGUCUUUGCCGCGGGCUGCGCGUAAAAGCGAGUGGCUCCGCAGCGCCCUGGUCCAUCACUAUUGCCCCGAUCCGGGAGCCGAGAACGAAAUAGUCGUCCUCGCCACUGGAAUCGAUCAGUACCUGCAGGAGGUCUUCCACCACCUGGCCUAUCCCAACCAGGAUGACACAGUGUCCGCGGAGGACUUCACUGCUCUCUGCGCCGUGCUGGGACUGAAAGCAGUGGAGGGAAGCCGAGAUGGUGGAACAGACCAGCAACAUGAAGAGUUCAGGGAUGUUUGUUCCAAGUUAUCCGAUCAACUUUCUUUUAAAGAAUUUCACUCGCGCCUCUGUGGGUAUUUCCGUGUGCGCAGUGCAUCUGCAGUCACCGGGGAUUGCGACUGGCGUCUGCCCGUUUCUGGGAACACGGAGCUGGUGGAGAGACAGAUCCGUCUCCGGUGGCCCCGCGUCCGGCGGAGGAAGUGUGUCAGUUUUGAUCUGAGCAGAGAUCAGACUGGAACCCGGAGCAGAUCCGUGAAAAGUCGAACCGCAGAGGACCUGCGUGAGGAUGAUGAGGUUGCCGCUCUCAGGGAGCUGGUCGAGGACCUCCGCUCUGCUCUGCAGGGAAGCGACGCUCGCUGUCUGGCACUUGAGGUAGCCCUCAGACGGGAGAGGAGCCGGACCCUAACUGCCCCCUGUGACCACAGCACCUCUGUUUCCGCUCCUAAAUCCUCCAGCACGGUCAUGCAGGGAAAACUGGUACAAACCGACAAACUUAAAGGGCAGCCUAGGGGUUCUCAAGAAGGUAGAACAAGGAGGGGGCAGAGGAGGUGGGAUCCCAGAGACCCCAUUCUGAGGGAGCUGAAACUAAUUCGCUCCUCACGUAAUGGGCAGCUAGAGGAAGCCAUGAAAUUCAACGAGUGUUUGGAGGAAGAGCUGCAAUGGGCAUACCAGGAGAUGCGCACGCUGCAGGGGCUGGAGUCCUCCCUGAGGAGGGAGAACAGCCAGAUCAGGAGGCGGGCAGAGGAAGCUAGAGAGGCUCUGACCUUGGGGCUGAAGAGGGUUCGGCUGAUACAGGAGCAGGCCCAGUCUGUGCCACAGCUCAAGUCCAAGAUCACCAAGUUGGAGACAGAGCUGCUCCGGUACAGAAUCGGCUGCACCUGCCUCUCUGACACCUCAGGUCACUUCAGUCAAGCUGAGGAAUCAUGUGAUGCCAAGUGUCUGCAACGGGCAGUGGAAGGGAGAGCUGCCUCUGAUGAAGAGGAAGAUGACAGGUGUCUGAAAAAGAGAGAAAAAUCCUGCUCCCUGGAGAAGAACAACCUCUCACACAAUCAUAGCUGUGGUGAUGGAUGUCAGAAGAACACAGUUCAUCAUCCUCUCUCUCAGAGUCGCUUGGAGCACAAAAAGCUCACCAGCACUCCUACAGACCACAGAGAGUGCUGCCGCAGAAUUGGACCAGAAGAAAAAAAGAAAAAUGGAUGUGGAGACUUUGGAAGGGUAAAGUGUGUGUCUUCCCAGAGGCCUGAGGAUGAGGCGGAGAAGACACGUCUGUCUCUGCUGGAGGACAAACUCACAGAUUCACUCACCUUUCUGCUACAGCUGCCUAACAAGAAUGUGUCACACAUGGCUCUGGAGAAGAUAGUGAUGAACAGUCUUGGUGUGUGCAGCAAACCUGAUGCUGGUUCACCCCUGGGCCUUCAAGUUGCUGAUACCCUCUGCAUCCACCUGACCUCCAGUGACCUUCCCAAAGGCAGUGGGGAGGAGGACAAGGAAGGAGGCCAUAGUGGAGAGAAACACCUUCUUCCACCUUUAGGUUGUCAAACCAACAACGUUAACUCUCUGCUCAUCUCUGGUUAAAAAGCUUAACUCUGUCAUACCUGUUUCAGUAAAUCUAAUAUUGACGUGCUUUAUACUUUAGCCAGUGCGUUAAUUUGAAUUUAUUUAAUUUAAAUAAUAUUUACAUUGAGCACUUAUGUAGAGAUAUUAAUAUAAACUUGUAAACUUAUGUUUAAUCAUGUUUUGGGUUUCUGAAAUUCUUUAUAACCUACCUCAAUCAGUGGCUGCUCAAUAAAAAAAAAAAUCAAAG